UCCUUCUAUGUAACCAACCCGAUUCGAUUUUCGCUCAUCGCCUAUCCCUUGAUUAAAAAGUAAAGAGACUGAGGAAAAUACCUGCCUGGUCUUUAAAGAUUUCCAUUGGCGCUCCACUUACUUACAUACACCUCCCUCUUUCGUCUUAUUUAGACGAACAAUAAUCAAUUCCUCCGCCAAAAGAAACGAAUUCACUCACUCGUUUUUCAUGAUCCUAUCCAUCCAUUCAUUCAUCCGAUUCAACCAUGGCAGCUGAAAAGUCUGGAACGAAAUAUUCGGAGCCCGAAUAUGCAAAGGCGCAAGACAGGGCAAAGGUUCCCUAUUACCACGUUAAUAUCGAGCAUCGCCUAGUUCCAGAGACGCAGGAGCUGUUAGAGAAGUACAGCCAUAUACCGCGAGAGCAGCAAUCGGAACAUGUUCACAUAAUUCGCGACCGAGCAUGGGAUAUCCGGGCAUACCCCUGUAUAGGUCUCGGCUCGUGGCUUACUCCGCAGCUGUGUCGCCUGCCCGUAUAUUCGCAGAUCCUGAAACGGGUCAAGGAGGAUGGGGCCCUACUCGCAGACAUGGGCACUUUCUUUGGCCACGACCUGCGACGUCUGGUGUACGACGGAGCGCCCUCGGAUAACUUGUAUGGUGUUGACAUCGUCAACCACUUCGAUGUCGGGUAUGACCUGUUCCGCGACCGCGACACCUUCAAGGGGCACUUCAUCGAGGCUGAUUUCUUGUCGACGACUUCGCCUGAGCUGAAUGCACUGAAGGGGAAGGUCGAUAUCAUCGUCAUCUCCCAGGUCUUGCAUCAGUGGCUUUAUGAGGAUCAGGUUAAGGCUGCGACGGUCUUGAGUUCCUUCACGAAGCCUGGCUCUUGGAUUGUCGGCAACCAAAUUGGUAAUCCUGUGGCCCAGGACGUCAGCCUCAAGCAGAUGGCAACGAGUGUGUUCCGACAGAAUCCCGAAAGCUUUGCUAAGACGUUUGAGGAGGUCGGCGCCGCGACGGGGACGAAGUGGGAGACUCAAGCAUGGCUGCGCACUUUUGAAGAGAUGGGUUGGGAUGCAAAGGAUGGCGCGUGGAUGGAGCCCGAUGUUCGCAUUAUUGAGUUCGUGGCGAAGCGAAUCUCGUAGGGUGAGGUAGGUGGUAGAGUGAGUUAGCUCGACUUGUGCAUCAUAUAUGUAUAGUAAAGAUAAACACCAAACGAAUGACUUCAGGCUUCGGCACCUAAUGUCACUAAGUGAUCUAUCUCCUUGUACGUCUAUAUGCUUUCAAUGCAGCAUUUA